GCCGUCGUCAACACACAACUGAGGAAGUGACAAGAAGCUAACGAGAACUAACUGCUGCAGCUAACACAGCGCUUCCUAACGGUAUUAAGUUAACUAAAGGUUGUGUCGGUUGUUACCGUCAGAGUAACGGACAGCCUCUGUUCGGGUUACAGUCGGUGUGGAGUGAGAGGGGACGAUGUUUAGGAGCUGUAGCCGCUGCUUGCUAACUUCUAAGCUAACAGGCUAACGAUCAGCUGUUGUUUUGGUCGGAGGGAUAGCUGGCUAACAAGUCAAACUGCAUUGCAUUACAGCGCUUCAAAACAUCUUCCCUCACUUCCUGUUCAAGUACUGAACUGCUCCUUCGGUUGAUGGCGACCCAUAGAGGCGUAUCACCCUGACAGACUAAUCAGCGGCCGGUCAGUCAGCUGUUGUCCCGGCAGGGCAGGCGUCACCUCCCGUGUGGGAUCGAUCCAUCAGAGCGGUGUGUAAUUGAAUCAGAAACACAGCUCCAAGAUGCAUGACGCGUAUGAACCAGUGCCUAUUUUGGAGAAGCUUCCUCUGCAGAUCGACUGUCUCGCGGCCUGGGAGGACUGGCUGCUUGUGGGGACAAAGCCAGGGCACCUUCUGCUCUACAGAAUAAAGAAGGAUGCGGGCACCAACCGGUUCGAGGUGACACUGGAAAAGUCCAAUAAGAACUUCUCAAAGAAGAUACAGCAGCUUUAUGUCGUCUCACAGUACAAAAUUCUUGUCAGUCUUCUUGAGAACAACAUCCACGUCCAUGACCUCCUGACCUUCCAGCAGAUCACUGUGGUGUCCAAAGCCAAAGGAGCCACGCUCUUCGCCUGUGACCUGCAGCAAACCAGCACAGGAGAGGAAAGGCUGAGAAUGUGUGUUGCAGUGAAGAAGAAACUCCAGCUGUAUUACUGGAAGGACAGAGAGUUCCACGAGCUGCAGGGGGACUUUGGUGCACCAGAUAUUCCAAAGUCCAUGGCUUGGUGUGAAAACUCCAUAUGUGUCGGUUUCAAACGAGACUAUUACCUCAUUCGGAUGGAUGGCCGUGGCUCCAUCAAGGAGCUUUUCCCCACAGGGAAACAGUUGGAGCCUUUGGUUGCACCGCUGGCUGAUGGGAAGGUGGCUGUUGGCCAGGAUGACUUAACCGUAGUGCUAAAUGAAGAAGGCAUUUGCACCCAGAAAUGUGCCCUGAACUGGACAGACAUCCCUAUAGCUAUGGAACACCAGCCUCCGUACAUCAUAGCUGUUCUCCCUCGGUACGUGGAGAUCCGGACUUUUGAGCCGAGGUUGCUGGUGCAGAGCGUGGAGCUGCAGAGACCUCGCUUCAUCACCUCAGCAGGGCAAAAUAUUGUGUAUGUUGCCAGCAAUCACUUUGUGUGGCGCCUGGUGCCCGUGUCAAUCGCCAGCCAGAUACGGCAGCUUCUUCAGGACAAGCAGUUCGAGCUGGCUCUGCAGCUGGCGAAGAUGAAGGAUGAUUCAGAUGGUGAUAAGAAGCAGCAGAUACAUCACAUCCAGAAUCUCUAUGCCUUCAAUCUGUUUUGUCAGAAGAGAUUCGAUGACUCCAUGCAGGUGUUUGCCAAGCUUGGCACAGAUCCCACCCAUGUGAUCGGACUGUACCCAGACCUGCUCCCGUCAGACUACCGCAAGCAGCUGCACUAUCCCAACCCUCUGCCUACUCUGUCUGGGGCAGAGCUGGAGAAGGCUCAUCUCGCUCUCAUCGAUUAUCUCACCCAGAAACGCAGCCAUCUUGUGAAACAGCUGAAUGACUCUGACCCUUCAACAACAUCUCCGCUCAUGGAGGGCACGCCUACUAUUAAGAGCCGCAAAAAACUGCUGCAGAUCAUUGACACCACCCUGCUGAAAUGUUACCUGCAUACCAACGUGGCCCUGGUGUCCCCCCUCCUUCGCCUAGAAAACAACCACUGCCACAUCGAGGAGAGCGAGUAUGUGCUGAAGAAGGCCCAUAAAUACAGCGAGCUCAUUAUUCUCUAUGAGAAGAAGGGUCUGCACCAGAAAGCUCUGCAGGUGCUGCUGGACCAGUCCACCAAGGCCAACUCUCCACUGAAGGGCCACGAGCGAACUGUGCAGUACCUCCAGAGACUGGGAGUGGAGAAUUUGGGAAUAAUCUUUGAGUUUUCUCCCUGGGUGUUGAAGAUCUGCCCUGAGGAUGGCCUGAAGAUCUUCACCGAGGACCUGACAGAGGUGGAGACUCUGCCUAGAGACAAGGUGCUGAACUUCCUGAAGGAGGGCUUUAAGGAGCUCGCCAUCCCAUAUUUGGAGCACAUCAUUUACGUGUGGGAUGAAAAAGGCCCGGAGUUUCACAAUGUGCUGAUCCAGCUCUACCUGGAGAGGGUUCAAGGCCUCAUGAAACAGUACCUUAACUCACUGCCAGAAGGAGUUCCAGCUGUUGCUGCUGGGAAGGAGGACGGUGAUCUGGGAGAGUUCAGGAACAAGCUGCUGUCUUUCCUGGAUAUUUCUACCAGCUAUGAACCAGCCAGGCUUAUCAGUGACUUCCCCUUUGAUGGUUUGCUGGAGGAACGGGCUUUGCUUCUGGGUCGAAUGGGUAAACACGAGCAGGCGCUCUUCAUCUAUGUGCACAUCCUGAAAGACACCCGCAUGGCUGAAGAAUAUUGUCACAGUCAUUACAACAGUGUGGUUGAAGGGAGUAAGGAUGUUUAUUUGUCUUUGCUGCGGAUGUACCUGUCACCUCCUGAUGUUCACUGCCUGGGGCCCAUCAAGAUGGAGCUGUCGGAGCCUCAGGCCAACCUGCAGGCGGCUCUGCAAGUCCUGGAGCUGCACCACAGCAAACUCAACACCACCAAGGCCAUCAAUCUGCUCCCAGCAAACACCCAGAUCCGAGAGAUCCGGGUCUUCCUGGAGAGCGUCCUGGAGGAGAAGGCACAGAGGAAGCGCUGCAACCAGGUGCUGAAAAGUCUGCUGCAGGCCGAGUUCCUCAGGGUGCAGGAGGAGCGGAUCUUCCAUCAGCAGGUUAAAUGCGUCAUUACAGAGGAAAAGACCUGCAGAGUCUGCAAGAAGAAAAUAGGGAACAGUGCGUUCGCCAGGUAUCCCAACGGCGUGGUGGUGCAUUACUUCUGCUGCAAAGACCGCACCGUGUGUCCCACUGAGCAGUAACAGCUCCACCUGACAACGACUGUUUACUAAUAAAUAACCCCCCUCUCCCUGACCCUCUCUGUGGAUCUCUACGCUUUGACAUCUUUGAACUAGCAUCGGAAGGUUGGAGGUGCUCGAGUUAAUGGCCAGGCUGUGGAAUUGGACGCUUGUAUGGAAAGCGCCAAACAGGACUACGAGCUCUCUAACCUGAGUUAACCUCGGACACGGUUGUUGUCAUGCGCGACUCACUGAGCAGAAAAAGACCUCCUUCUGGAAUCAAAGGCUGAGACUUUCUUUAUCUCUGUGCAUGAAGUAACAGGAGGAAUGUCCGGGUUCGCUCAGCAGGAGGGGAGGAAUAAAGACAAGGAGCGAGGUAGAGUCUGACAUUUUAAAAGCAUGUGUCACUGUAACGCUAGAAGGGAUCCACUUCCCUUCACGUCGCCUCGGGAGAAAAUGGGCGCUAUUGAAAGGCGCCCAGAGGAAGAGGAGCUUUAACAGCAGAAGUUAGCGCUCGUUCUCAGAAGGAGAUAGUUACAAGCUUUGGUCAGCAGUUUUAUUUUCUGUCUCACUGUCUCCCAGCCCUCCUGUAACACUGUGUGCGGCCUCAAACACUGCUUGAUAUGCCAUAAUACGCUCUGCAGGAGUACAGCUAAAUGCCUUUUGUGACUCUGAAGAUUGUACUUACAGUGAAGUCAGACGUCUGUCAGGAUUUCUUUUGUUAGCAUGUGCCGGUACUGACUAAGCAAAACAGCAAUCGUCUUACAGUGUGUUUGACUCUUUUGUAUUUUUAUUUAAACAUUCGAGGCGGCUUCUCCAGCUAACAUUUUUCAUAGAGACGUUUUUUCUUUAUUUACUGUUUUUACAGUGUGUGAAGGAUUUCUACCAGACUACAUCCUCUUUAUUGCUUUUUUUUAAGCUCUCAUCUGUGUUUGUUUAAAUGUUUUGCUUUUCCCCUCCCAGACAUUAAAAGUUUAUGAAGUAGAACUUAUUAUAAGUGGAAACAGACAACUUUUAACCUUUUCACCCGCCCUAGCGUUUUCAAGUGGUAUUAUUGUUAUCGUUAUUGUCCCAAAGACAACCGGUUCGCUUUCUGUUUCAUCAGAGCCUCGCAACUACCAACAACACAGGACACACUGCAUGUAGCGACUUUGGUUUUUCCACCGUCCACCAUUUCCGCCACUGAGCAUAAUAACGGCACAGAACUUACGCUGAUACUCAGUGGUUAUUGGGGAUUGGCACUAAUGGAUGUAUAAAGAGAACUGGAUACAGUGUUGGAAGCAGAGUCCCGUUCAUUCGUAUAAAAGUUGCUCAGAGGCGUAUGAGGCCAAAAAAGUUCAACUUCCUGGGUUUAAAAUUACCCAGAUCUUUCACGGCAUGCCGCCCACGGAGUGUGCACACUAGAGAGUUAAUCGGCCAAGCUAACACAUUCUCACUCUGACCUCGUUGCAUAUCAACAUUUGGUCAUGGACUUUGAACGUCCACAUACGGCGUGCAAGGUACCCUGGGUGUGUUGACGUUCCGGGACCAUGUCACGUUCUGCCUGUUACAUACAUUGUCUUCUUUCAAAAUACACUUCUGUUUUCACAGGAAAUUUAACGUUUACAUACAGUCUCAAAAUAAACGCAUUACGUCG